CGUGGAAUCUCAGGUUCUACGGAGUACCUAAUUAGGCCACUAGGGCACCCCUGGAUCGGAUAUUACCAGUUUGUCGUCCCAGAAAUGCGACUAGUUUGUGUCAAUGACAACGGCGAGACUGUAGAUGUCGAGGCCGUUCUGCGGCAAGAGCCGUAUACUGCGCGCGGAUUACUUGCAGAUGCCCUUGCCCACUGUCACCGUACCCUCCCGGAUUCCCUCGAGUAUCUUCAAGCGGAACGCGCCGUGCGCGAAAUACUGCGCAAUUUCCAAGGGGACCAGGAUAAGUAUGCAAAAAGCUAUGUCCUAUCGCGAACACUUGACACCCGAAUCCAGAAGACACCCAGAGCGGACCUUUUCCGGCUGGCGCUGCAUCGCGGGGGCCCCCUUGCCUUCGUGGGCAUGUUUUACGCCACAUUCGAUGUACAGCGCAACCUCCGGAACCGUGAGACUUUGGAUUAUCUCCUGAACAAGGCUACAGACGAAUCAAAGCUUCAAUUAAUCAUGCGGUCAAGCACGUUCCCAUGCAACCCCUCGACCAGCAAUUGGCUCUUCCAGAUAUUCGAAAAAUUACGACCUAAUGCACAAAACCUUGCAUGUAUUUUGCGAUGUCUAGGUACAACAAGUAUACCUCGUGGGCUAUUCCGUCGCCUUUGGAUGCCCUCGUUGUCUUGGGGGAGCAAUGGGGAGGCUAUGGAAACUAACGCUUAUGUAACGAUGUGCAUUGCUAGUGAGCAGAAAUUUACGGACGCCCUUUAUGAUUUAGAAUAUGUUGGAUUUGUACGAACAUCUGCAACUAUUAUUGAUCUUGAUAAACGUAUUGCGGAAUUCCUCCGACUACAUUUUGAGCACCCAACCUGGAUCGUGGAAGUCGUACGGAUCCUUGCGCAUGCGUUCCCCAAGCACCGAGCUCUCGAAGCUACAAGCUACUUGGAAGAGUGCAAGGGUUUCAUGCCGCAGCUCGAGAGCGUUUUCUCUUACCUGAAUAUCACUCCGCUCGACUCGCUUGUUGUAGAUAGGCUAUGCUUGGCACAGUUCACCGAAGUGUGCCUGUCUGCUUCACACUUUGGGGGGAAAUCAUGGAAAUACAGGACCAUCUCGAUCGCCACGCAGGCGGUGGGUGCCAUCAGAGAUUUGUCAGCUGAUAAUGCCGUGUUGGCGGCAACUAUUGACGCAAGAAAGUCAUUCCUGGCACUACUUUAUCAGGAGAGGACCAUGCAGCAGACAAGUCACAUUGCUUUGCCUGCGGUGGACCAUCGGACCCACGCAUUUCUCGCUGAUGUAGCCAUCCUAAAGGCCAGGGAAUGUGUUGGGCUUCAUACGCUAGCAUCUGCAUUAGAACACUUAGAAAGUUUCACGCCCUUGUGGGAGGGCAGCGCGUCGACGCUAGGGUCGGUACAGGAUAGGGAAGUGACGUUAAUGCGCGCCAGGAUUUUGCGGUUUUCGGGCCGCUUCCAAGAGGCCUAUGCAAUCCUUGAGGCCUUACCACAAGACAAUCGGACACUCUCUCUUGUCGGCACUGUCCUCAGUGAAAUGGGAAAGUGUGAUGAAGCCAUCCUUAUGCUAGCUGCGCGGGCGACGGAGCAGGCGCACGUACGGGGCAUUUCCCAAGUUCAAGUUACGCUGGCCAAUGCUUAUUUAAUGCAGUGUAUGCAGACUUACGUUCGAGGAGGACCAUUGGAUUGGCGGUCGCUACAAACGACUCGCAAGAUGUUCCAAGAGCUGAGUGGGAGCUUAGUACUACCUACCUCGUAUUUCAGCAAGAUGAAUCAUCUCUCGGUCUUGCUCGGGCUUGCCAUGGUCAAUCAUUUGGAGGGACAGAUGGAUUCCGCUUUGGGAGCCUGGCAGGAAGCCCUGGCCGUAUCUCAGCGGUACCUUCCCCAAGGAUAUACGGACAUGGUAAUUUGCUACUCCACUAGUGAGUUGGAGGUCAGGAGGGGGGCCACUGUACGAUCCGACAUACUAGAAAGCCAGGCAAGGGAAUUUUUCGUUAGGACAGGACGUCAGUAUCAUUUUACUGGCCUUGGUACAAUCUGGCCAGAUAUUAUCGGCAGGUCUCUAAUGGCCCGCGGCCGCGUACCAAUAAUUCCCAUAAGGGACUGAGCUUGGCUCUAUGCUUGGCUUAUUCACUUCCCAGUGUAGGCACCUACUAAGGCCCGAGCGAGUCUAGCUAACUCGGGAAGGAACUGGCUCGUCUAUUAAACUUGUUGUUUUGCUUUUUAUUAGAGUGUGAUUGGCUUACUAAUAGACCGUCCAACGCAGGAAAUAACUAAUAUUAUUUCUAUACGAGGGUUUGUUGUCAUAUCCGCGUGACUGGUGCAACGAGAGGUAAUAUAAAAGAGCCAGAUGCCAACCCAGAAUUGAUAGCCUAUUCCGUCCGGAACAAGUUCCAGGCGCUGUGAUAUUAACUAAAUAUCAGUCGGUGGGUGAGUGGAAUGCAGGCUUACUCUAGUGGUAGUCUCUUCCCAAAUCGGCGGGUUAACACUCCUACCCGUCGCUGAGCGCAACUUGCAACACGAGUCAGAUUGCGAAUUCAGCCAGAAAAUCAAGGAUUGGUAUAGAUCAUCUCCUUCGGCAAUUUGCAUAGUGGCGGU